GGAGCUGGGCAUUGCCCUGAUGUCGACAUGGCGAAGAGCAUCAGAAUUGGGACGGCUGAGGAGCUUGUGGUCCAUUGGCAAGAUCAGUGGGCAUCAGAACAAGCAAGACAGGAGCUCUGCCGGAGCUCCUUCGAGACGGCCUUGUGCCAUGCGGAGGUCUCCUUGCAUCGCAAGGCUGCGGCCUUCAUCAAAUCGCUGGGAUGUCAAGGGCCCUUGGCCAGGUCGCAGGACGCUUGGUUGACCUUCCGGGGCUUCGAAGCCUGGCUGGUGUACCUGGCAAACGAAAAGGCGGCUCAGCACUUUGCUCAACGGGAGGAACAGCUCAGAGAGGAGGAGGAGCAACAUCAAGCAGACCUGAAGACCCUCGAAGAGAGCCAGGCCGAGAUCUCCCGCUGGAUCCACCGUGCCCAGCAGGGUCUGGCCACCUCCCAGCGGCACCACCGCGCCGCGGCGCGCCGCUGCGGCGCCUGGCGCAGCGGCGCCCAGCGGCGCGCGGAAGCGGCCGUGGCGUUUCGGCUGUGGCUGGUGGCCAUUCAACGAGCCAAGAAUGUGGUGCAGCAGGAGCAACUGGUGCUUUGGAGGAGCAGAAGCCGUUUGCUGCUCUGUCUCUGCGCUUGGCAUUCCUUUGCAACUUCCAGCUGCCGCGAGCGGCAGAGGUUGGACUUGGAAGAGAAAGAAGCAGCUUUGCCAAAACGGCAAAGGAAAGACUUGAAGUCGCGGCUUUGGAGAUACAUGGAUUGGUUGACUAUUUGCGACUCAAAGAAGGCUCAAAGGAUCAGCCUUCAUUUGUUGCUCCACUGCUGGCGCCUGGCCGCUUCAGUGUCCCAGCGCUGCCGCCGUACGGCGCGGAAGGGGCCCGGCUGUUUCGAAGCGGCGCUGCUGGCGCGAGCAUGGGCGGCCUGGUGGGAUGCACAUGUGCAAGCACAGGUCACCGCAAUUUGUGCCCAAGAACGCUCCCAAGCCCUAGAAGUCAAAGCUGCACAAGACGCAAGGGCCAGCGAAAUUGCAGGUCGCUGCAUCGCACGGCAGUUUGACUGGCUGAUGAUCACCAUCCUCCGUCGCUGGUGGUGGUCUGCCACCACGGGGCGUGGAUUGCAGCGAGCCAGUGAUCAGCUGGAAGCUUGGUUUUUAAUGGGAUAUCAUGUUUUUUUUUUUUAA